AGUAACAGUGUGUGUAGAGCGGUGGGAUAGAACUGCUCCAUCGAACGCGCCGUACUAAUACAUACACUCUCUGUAGUAACUUAUUCCUUGAAGUACUUGUCAGGAGGCAAAGUUUACAGGAUAUUGUUCGUGAGUUGUUUCCGUGUGAUGUGGUCUACUUUAGUGGACACAGUUCUCCAGGAUACGGGAGAUUAUUAAGAUUUUCUCACAUUUGUGCUUUAACAGUGUAUAUAGAUCAGAAUAACGUCUGAAUAUGGACUAGAAAGAUAAACAGCGCUAACCAUGUGGUGGACAGCCAGACUAAACGUGUGUUGUGAAGCGAGCUGUGUCAUAUAGCGCAGGAAGGGGCUGGAGAAUCAAAUAAGAGAUAUAUAUAUAUACCAUAUUUAAGAGGAUACUAUUUAUUCAGUAUGGAUUUACGGCGAAUGUUACAAGGGAUCUUGUGUCUGUCUGUGUUUGUGACAAUGUAUUCCACGGUACCAGUACUCAGGAACCGGAAACGGAAGACCAGGCCGUGUAGAUGUAAAAAGUUAUUCAAAGAUAUAAAUGACGUCAUUGAUUCCAAAUUUAAAACAUUAGAAGAGAAAUUCAUAGAACGUUUACCAAACGUGAACGACUUAAGUGUAAAUGGCACGUUAAGUUUACAAGAAAUGAACUCGAAAAUGAGUCUACUGUUUCGGAACGUUCAGGAAACAGAAGAAGUGUUACGGCGGGAAAGUCUCGCGCUAAGACAGGUGAAGGAGCACAUGGAAACACAGAGUGAUACAAUGGGGAACAUGAGUAACGGUCUUAGCGCUGUUGAAGCGAUUGUCAGAAACUUAACUAAAGUUGUGGAAAAUUUGAGAAUUAUUUCUUCAAGUUCUAUAAGUAACGCCAUCGUGGAUCCGACUACGUCAACGACGACGACAACGGAAGGUCCUACCACCCAUGCGCCCAGCCAACCGGAGGUUCCAUCACACAAUGGGCCAGCAUCGAUCGUGUAUCCCAGACAUUGCCAUGACGUCUACAAAAGUGGAGGUCUUCGUUACGAGGGUGACUAUUACAUCAUGAUACAACCGGAAAGAGCCCCUGCCCCCUACAAAGCACUGUGUAAAGCUAGAGAAGACGGUGGUUGGACGGUGCUACAGCGCCGCCUGGACGGGUCCGUGGAUUUUUACCGGAACUGGACCGAAUACAAAAACGGAUUCGGGAGUUUAUCCGGCGAGUUCUGGAUAGGGAAUGACAAUAUCUAUCGUCUCAGUAACCAAGGUAAAUUCAAACUGCGAGUAGAGAUGGAACAGUGGAACGGUAGUAAAUACUACGCCGUUUACGACUUCUUCCGAAUAGAUGACGAAUCAGACGACUACAGACUGCACGUGAGUGGCUACCAUGGUAAUGCUGGUGACUCGAUGACGUCACAUCGAGAAAAUCACAACGGAGUUCGGUUUAGUACAUACGACACGGACAAUGACCGUCGACCGUUUGACAACUGUGCAAUGCAUUACCGAGGAGGCUGGUGGUACAACGACUGUUUUGAUUCCAACCUCAACGGACGUUAUUAUCAGAAGGGAUUUCACAACAACUUCUUCAGACAAAAUGGGAUACACUGGAAUAGUCUACACAAAUACUCCUCACUCAAGAACGCCGAGAUGAUGGUUAUGCCAGCGUCAGACUUUAUUGCACACAACAAGGUAGCGACAAGCGCGUGAAUUACGUGACGUCAUCUCUUCCUAGCUAGUCAUUAGCAACGCAGUGAUAAACACGUAGAGAUCUACAUCUGAAGUGGAGGUGAUGAGGAAUUGCAACUGACUCGAUUUACAUAUAGAUAUUACAUAAAACAGGUUGUGAGAAAGAGACUGUUGCUCCGAUUCGGGUCACGUGCACUUAAAUGAGAGAAUAGUGAGCAUGGCCAGACUGCAAAGAGAAAACGCUGUACAAUACUCAGACAGAUGUCAGUUUGCGCGAAAUGUGAUACUCGGAAGUGCGUUGUAGCUUCCUUUUACUCAUGUGUGUCUUUUUUGGAUAUACAUACUUCCGGUUUACCCUAACUGGCCGUGUACUUCCUGUUUCGGAUGGAUCAAGCGAUGCCUGGAAAGGACCAAGUUUGUUACUUCCGGUCGUAGAUUUCUUUUUCAAUUUCUUCCGUGAACGUAUACUAUCAAUAUCGUCCAUUUGUGAAACAGUAUAUUUACAAGGUGCUAACUACAUACCAAUGGACGCUGUGACGUAUUACUACGCAGACCGAAGUACACACUUCAUGUUUCGGUGUAGCUUUAGUAUGGUGCUGUUCAUGUGUUGAUGGUUCCUAACAGUGUCACAGUGACCUAUCUUAAACGCGUGAUAACACGUGACAGCAAUGAUCAGGAUUUUACGUGUUGAUGUGAUUGAUCAAUUGUUUGUGUUCUUGUUAAAACAACGGACAUGUCAAUAGAGACCACAAAACUUCCGUUUAAAUCCAAGUGGAGAACUUGGAGUUACGUAUGUGGAACCAAGCUAUGAGUAAUAAAAUGGCAAAUUAUAAACAUAGAUUAUCGUUCUACCUAACUUAUUAAGUGAUUAUCUCGACACAGACGUCGGUGUGUUGACAAAGUCACGUGUCAGUUUGUGUCUGAUCUGUCUCCACAUUGCUGCAUUCAUUGUAUAUUUUGAACACUAAAUGUAAAUAGGUGACAUAAGAGGGAUGUAUCCCCACGCUGUAACCACGUGGACGGGCGUGUGUACAAGUGUACACAUGAUCGACGUUACUGAUAUUAUUUAUUGUUAAUAAUUCAUAUGUUAAUGUUUUCACUGCCCCAAGUAUGUCUCCUGUUGGUUUCUUUACUUUGUUUUAUAACAAACCUGUCUGUGGACCAAAAACCUUUCCUUGUCUCUAAAGUCAAAGAAGCAAAACAUUCAUAGUUUAUCUGGAAUAUUUUAUCUCUAGCAUUGUAUAAACAUUAAAAUACCCUUGCAAGUAUAGUAUAUUAAUGUAACGUAGAUUCUCAAGGUCAUACCACUAAGAAGCCUCUCAGCUUGUCGUUGUCCUAGUACCGGACGUUCGGGCUCUUAUUAUAUUGUAAAUACUUGACCUACUCUGAAUCCUCUUACACGUAAAUUAAUAUAGUACAGGUUUUAUACGAAGAGAUUAGUAUCAUCAUGAACUUUGGUCGGCGGUGCGGAUUUCUGCUGAAUCUUUAUUGCUGUUUUUAAGACGGUAAAUCCGAGCCCGGCUUAAUAGAGGGAUGUACUAUUCUUGGUAAAUGAUAAAGAUGUUUAGCUAUUGUCAGCCUGAAUCUUUUGAAGGCCAGUUUACCAAAACGUGUAUAUAAUUUCUCUGUUCUAUUGUACUCUCUUUAUGAUAAAGGCGAUCAGAUAUCAAAAUACAAUACUUUUACCAAAAGGAGACUGUUUUCUUAUCUGUGUAUUUUUUUAAUGAAAUAUACCUGUAUAUAUAUGUGUGUGUAAAAUACAUUUCUCGUUCUGUGUCAGUACUUUCAUUCAUCUUUUCGUGUUAUGUCAAUUCAUUGUUAAUUUAUUUCCAAACAUUUAGUCUUUUGAUCAAGGAUCACAAGAGAGUAUUCCUUUUCACGUGAAAAGCAGUUUCGCAUUCGAAAGCAAUAUAAAUAGAAACAUUGACAGUCGAAGUUCCUUAAUCCGGAUAUUCUCUUUAUCCGAAAAUGUAUUCAAGAACUCUGUGUCUCUGAUUCUUAAAACUUUGAAGUAAAAAUGAGAUUUUGUUUGUUAAAGAAGUAACGAAUUUCCACCUGUGUAAAAGGUUGACACCAGAGAGGAGAUUUUAUCGUGUAUCCGGGUAGAUGUAUCUCGACUGUAUAUAUACUGAGCGACUUUGUGUAAGAUAAAUGUAAGAGACUGUGUAAAUUUGUCUAGUGCUGUUAAAUCUAACACAAAAUAAAAACUACUUAUGUUUAAGAUAGUUAAAAUAUGAAUAAAGAAAAAAUGUACUUUA